AUGGGGCAAUUUGAUCGGAAAGCCCAAUCUCAACCGAAACACGGCAAGCCCUCAGACAGCGGUGCCUCGCGGGCUCCUCCACCCCCACCAAAAUCGCGGCCACUGGAGCGAGGACCAGGCCUCAAAAAGAAGGCGCCGCCCAAGAAACCGCAACCACCAAAGAAUGGAGUUCCGAAUCUGCAGCCAAACAUCCUGCCCGUCGAGCUGCAACAGCUCAUUCUUGAUAUCUUCCGCGCUACGUUCCCUUUUGAAGACUUUGCAGAUCUGAAGCCCAUGCUGGGCAAAAUCAAUGAGGCAUUGGUCCAAGGAGAUUUCGAGGAGGCAUUGCGCACAGAAGAAUUCCGCGAGGGGUACGCGAUCCGAUGGAGCCCGACCCGUGCGUUGAUUUUCGCGAACGUGUUCGAGCAGAUUUGCGAUGAGCAUAGAAACAGUCCGUGGGUAGAGCGACUACUUGGGGGUGACGGUGACGGACCGGCCAAGGCACUUUGCUUUGGUGGUGGGGCAGCCGAAGUCAUGGCUAUGGCGGGAGCGAUGCGGUACAGACGAGCGGACGCCGCUGGGAAACCGACUCCCUACCUCGACCUCCACUUGCUCGAUGCAGCAGACUGGUCUGGCGUUGUAUCGAAACUCACUACUGGCCUCGAAACCCCUCCCGAGCUGUCCAAGUACGCCAGCGCCGCAGCGCGCGCUCGUAACGCAUCGUUCCUUUCGCCACAGGCUCUCAAGGUUACAUGCACCCAGACCCGGGUUCUGGACCUUACCCAGGAGGAGCUGCAGUCUCUAUUCCCCCCAGAUGUCACGCUCGUCACGCUCCUUUUCACCCUAAACGACCUUUACACCACCUCCAUCCGGCGUGCGACAAGCUUCCUGCGGAAGCUGACCGCUGUCGUACCGACAGGAUGUUUACUUCUAGUAGCGGAUGCGCAUGGUGCCUCUUCAACUGCGGAUGGCAAAGAAAAUGGUCAGGAGGAGCCGUACCCGAUGAGCUGGCUCUUGGACAAGGUGAUGCUGCCGACGCAGUUGAAAGUAGAGGAUGAACUGAUGCCGAAGAGAGAGUGGGAGAAGCUGAUGGGCGACAUGAAUCGGCUGUUCAAGUUUCCUGAGAAAGGGCUGAGCUAUCCGGCCGGGCUGGAAAAUUUGAAGAUGCAAGUGCAUCUUUUCAAGCGCGUAUAG